UUCAGGAGCAUUCCGAUACGUUGACACUGAGCCAGCCCAGGAGAGGGUUUCAUUAGGUGUCCUAAAGGACAUGAAACGGGCCAUGGAGCUUCAAAUUCCUGUGAAUGGACUCAAGGGACUUUCUCCCCUUGUAAACCUUCCAGAGUUCGAUCUCGUCCAUGGUCAAGCAGUCGAAUACAUGCACUGCAUCUUGCUGGGCGUCACGAGGCAGAUUGCAGACCUUUGGUUUGAUCCCUCAAAUUCUCAAGAGGCUUUCUACCUAGGUAAUGUCUGCAUAAUGUGUGUGCCAUUUUCUUGUACUAAACUGCCUGCAGGUAGUCCUUCCCUGGUGGCAAAAGUGGACGCACGGUUAACAACAAUCUGCCCACCUGAUUUGAUCACACGGCUGCCAAGGUCACUUAGAGAAAGAGCUUUUUGGAAGGCAACAGAGUGGAGGAAUUGGCUCUUAUACUACAGCCUGCCAUGCUGCCUUGGUGUUCUUCAUUCCCGGUACUGGAGCCAUUUCGCCCUCUUAGUUGAAGCCAUCUUCACUUUGCUGACAGAGGAGCUGUCUCCUGGAGACCUUACUCAUGCUGGUAGGUCUGUUUACCUUGUUAGUGCCACCAAGUCACCUGCACAUGACACGUGUGUUUUCAAUGGCCAAACCAGAAACCUGCUCCAAAGGUUUGUAAGCCGAACAGCAGGGUUAUAUGGUGUGAAGUCCUUGACCUUCAAUGUCCAUCUCCUACAACACAUCACAAGCAGUGUGAAGAAUCUUGGACCUUUAUGGUCCCAUUCGGCUUUUGUUUUUGAAGGUGGGAAUGGUACACUUUUGAAGCACGUGACAGCAGCGAAAGCCGUACUGUGCGAUCAAGAAGGACAGUUGGUGCUGCUGAACCAGUGCGCGGACCCGAGGCACCGGCAACGAACGCUUGGGAUUCACGUCAGCGACGAGUGCGAGGGUGUGGGCCGGCCGCCGCUGAACCUUUUUGCGGCAUAUCAACCGGCCGCACCGUGA